AUGGUGAAACACCAACCUCUUCAGGUCUACGAGCGCCAGCUGUGUUUGUCAUGUAUCACCGGGAUCUACGGUUGCCGAUGGAAACGCUAUCAACGUUCUCAUGAUGACACAACCAAGUGGGAGCUGCUGUGGUCUCUGAUCCUCCUCCUCACCUUCUGCCUGCUGCUUGUCUGGUUCUACUUCUGGUUGGAGGCACACAAUGACUACAACGAGUUUAACUGGUACCUGUACAACAGCUCUGGGGAGUGGAGUGACGGCACCGUCCCCAUCCUGGCCACCACUGCUGCCGGCUUCACAUACGUUUCAUUCUUAAUGGUUCUAGCGCUUUGCCAUGUUGCACUUGGGCAGCAGCUGAAUUUGCACUGGCUCCACAAGAUCGGAUUGACUGCUGCUUUGCUCACCACCAUCGUUGGGGUGAUUUCUGUCAAUAACACAUGGAGGCAAGAGUGGGAUGUGGUCCCCAUCUCUCUGCAGGCCACGGGUCCAUUCCUGCACAUAGGGGCCCUCGCUGCAGUCACAGCACUCUCCUGGAUUGUGGCAGGGCAGGUUACCCGGGCAGAAAAGCUCAUGUUCCAGGUGGUGGUUCUGCUGCUGUACCUCAGCGUGUUGCUUGGCCUCUACGUGGUGCCCGUGUACAUCACUUCCCCCUGCAUCAUGGAGCCCAGCUCGCUCAAAUCACGCCCCGAUGUUAUUGGCCACCAGGGAGCUCCCAUGCUCGCUCCAGAGAACACGCUGUGGUCUUUUCAGCGAGCUUUGCAAAUGAACAUCACUGGACUGGAGGCUGACGUAGCUAUUAGUGUUGACGGCGUGCCUUUUCUGAUGCGCGAUCGUACCCUGCGGAGGACCACCGACGUGGACAAAGUUUUCCCAGACAGACGGAUGGACGAAGCCUCCUCCUUCAACUGGACAGAUCUGCAGCAGCUCAACGCAGGACAGUGGUUCCUCAAGGAUGACCCGUUCUGGACAGUGAACACUCUCUUGCCGCAGGAGAAGAAACUGAUCGGCAACCAGAGUGUGUGCAGCCUGGAGCAGCUUCUAAAGCUGGCCUCCUAUCACAACAUCACUGUGGUGUUCCGGCUGCAGAGGCCCCCCCCGCAGCACCCCUGCCACCACAGCUGGAUCAAUGAUACGUUGCAAGCAGUGCAGCAAUCUGGAGUUCCUCAAAGCCUGGUGAUGUGGACUCCCGACGAGUACCGGGCUCAGGUGAGACAGGCGGCGCCCGCUCUCAUCCAGACCUCCAUGAGGAAACGCAGUCCUCAAGCUCUGCACCAGUCGGACAUCAGCAGGCUGCUGCUCAGAUACAGUCAAACCAGCACCAGUGAAAUCAGAAACCUCACCAAAGCUCAGAUCAACGUCACUCUCUACACCGUCAACGAACCGUGGCUGUACUCUGUGCUCUGGUGCAGCGGCGUGUCCGCCGUCUCCUCAGAGGCGCCGCACAUCCUCACAAAGCUGUCUCAUCCCAUCUGGAUCAUGAGGCCAAAAGUGUACUGCCUAAUCUGGGUGUCUGCAGACCUUCUCUCUUUUGCUGUGGUCGUAGGAAUAUUCGUCUUCCUGAACUAUCACAUAAUCAGGUAUCGGAUGAGUGGCAUGCACAGCUAUAACCCCGAGCAGAUCAUGCUGAGCGCUGCGGUCAGGACGUCCAGUCGAGACAUCAACGUCAUGAAGGAGAAACUCAUCUUCUCAGGUCAACCCCGAUGCCUCAGUGUGUUGAGAGUUUGUUGUGCUGGGAUUAAAGAGGUGAGAAAUGGAGUUGGCAGCGCUGACGAGCUGUAUGGGGACAAUGGCUACGACUACUACACAAACCAGGGCAUCAACCAGUGA